ACAGCACGUGAAGGCAACAUAUAUUACAGUACAGGGUAUCAUGGCGCAGAAGAGGCCGAAGAGAUCCGCAGCAUCAAACUUUAAUUUCAGCUCGAUUUGUAACGUGUUAACGCGUUGUACUCUAUAAACUUGUUAACAGACGGUGAAGACAAAUACUGAUGAGAACAGCAUUCUGAGCACAACCACGGGAAACUGAGACACCCAGUGAGAGGAGAGAUGGAAAAGCCAGUCUUGCAGACACAACCGUCCACCCUGCCUUUUUUCGACACAGCCCAUGCUUUCAACCUGCUGCGGGGAAUCCAUGAACUCCGUGCCGAACGAAAGUUUUUCGAUGUUACUUUGUGUGCAGAGGGCCGCGAGUUCCACUGUCACCGCACAGUGUUGGCCGCUGCCAGUACCUACUUCCGGGCUAUGUUCACAGGAACUUUGAGGGAGAGUGUUAUGGACCGGGUGGUUCUACACGAGGUGUCAGCUGAGCUUUUAGGUCUGCUGGUGGACUUCUGCUACACGGGACGGGUCACUGUCACUCAGGAUAAUGUGGACGUCCUGCUGAAGACGGCUGAUCUGUUUCAGUUCCCCUCUGUCAAAGAGGCCUGCUGUGCUUUUCUGGAGCAGCGGCUGGAUGUUUCCAACUGCUUAGAGAUCCAGGACUUUGCAGAGGCCUACGCUUGCCGAGAGCUGGCGACCAGUGCUCGCCGCUUUGUCCUAAAAAACAUAAUGGAGCUGGCCAAAGGGACUGACUUUGAGCGGUUGCCAUGGAAGCGCCUCCUUGAGUUUGUGUCAGACGAUGAGCUUUGCGUGGACAAGGAGGAGACAGUUUAUCAAAUUGCAGUGCGCUGGGUGAAGGCUGAUCUCCAGCGGAGACUGCACUAUUGGCCCGAGCUCCUCCAGCAGGUCCGACUCCCCUUCGUCAGGAGGUUCUUUCUGUUGGCCCAUGUGGAGAGCGACCCACUCGUCUACCUUUCUCCCACCUGCCUCCGCAUGGUGAACGAAGCGCGUAGCUUCCAGUCCUGUGAGUAUGACCGCCAUGACAGGCCCUGCCACCGUAUGCGGCCACGGCCAUCCACGGGAUUGGCAGAAAUCCUGGUGGUGGUAGGAGGCUGCGACCAGGACUGUGAUGAGCUGGUCACAGUGGACUGUUACAACCCCCAGACUGGACAGUGGCGCUACCUGGCUGAGUUCCCCGACCACCUUGGAGGAGGCUACAGCAUAGCUGCCCUCGGAAACGAUAUGUAUGUCUCGGGUGGCUCUGAUGGCUCUCGCCUCUAUGACGGCGUGUGGCGCUACAAGUCCAGUGUCAACGAGUGGACAGAGGUGUCCCCCAUGCUGAAGGCCCGCGAGUACCACAGCUCUUGUGUGCUGAAAGGUCAGCUGUACGUGGUGGCGUCGGACAGCACCGAACGUUACGAUCACGCUCUGGACUGCUGGGAGGCCUUACCGCCCAUGCUGCACCCCAUGGACAACUGCUCCACCACCACAUGCAGUGGACGCUUGUAUGCCAUAGGCUCUCUGACUGGGGAGGACACCAUGGCCAUCCAGAGCUAUGAUGCAGACACCAACCGCUGGGCCAUGGUCAGCUGUGGACAGCUGCCCCCAUGGUCCUUCACACCAAAAACUGUGACCCUCAAAAGCUUAAUCUACUUUGUCAGGGAUGACUCAGCUGAGGUUGAUGCUUACAACCCUCAAAAGAACGAGUGGUACAAAAUUAGUCCGAUGACCCAGGUCCACGUUGGAGGCAGUGUGGCAGUCCUGGGUGGUAAAUUAUACGUGUCUGGUGGUUAUGACAAUACGUUUGAGCUGUCAGAUGUGGUGGAGGCCUACGACCCGACCACCCGCACGUGGACUCUUGCUGGACGGCUGCCUCAGCCGACGUUCUGGCAUGGCAGCGUCAGCAUAUUCCGCCAGUUCAUGCCCCUGGUGUCCAGUGCAUUUGCACCUACUGACAUACCCGAGUCAAACGCCAUUCACAUGCACCGGCACCAGCGUCACCAAGCGCUCCACAAUCUCAACAACAAUCUCAACCAAAACCAGGAUGUGAACCCAGCACACUGAGUUUGGACCUAGAAAUCCCUGUUAGAGUUUCAGUUUCAAUUCUCUUUGUGCCAUGAGUAGUUUACCUCAUCACAAUGCUAGUUGUUAAAGGCAGAAGAGAAGACUUAACAUUUGAGCUAAAUGUUGGAGUGGAAAUGAAGUUAUUGCACGUGCGCCCAGUUUCUCAAUGAUUGAGAUUUAUAAAACAGAACCAGUCGUACGUGUGAAACUACGUACUACGUACGUAUAAAACUGACGAAGAGAAUGUGUAUGCAUAUUUCUGUCUUGCAUACACAGAGUUUUAGUUGUGAAUCUACACAGAGUUUUAUGUAUCCCUGAUGGCCCCUGAUGUUUCUUAGCCCCGGAAGUUAAUCAAACCAAACCAAACAGUUAGUCCAAAAUCAAAAGUGUCUUUAGUUGUUCGAAUGGCUAUACUCGAAGGCGGACAGUGUCUCCUUGAAGGCAUUCAUAGUGUUACACUUGGUUGUUCACAUGAAAAGUGACAGAAAUAGUUAUGUGAAGAAUGAAAAAAAGAGAGCUCGAGAAGUUCACAUCCUGUGAAUGUCGGAUCAUCGGUUUUUGGAAAGUUACAGAAAUGGGCGGAGACAUCCCCUCCCUAAUCCGACAUCGAAAGGUGUGUGGGAAGGGGUUUCUGAAACUGUUUGACCAUCUGACAAGUACUUCUGAAGAAGCAUACUGGCAGCGUCAUCCUAGAGGUCUUUUCACCGAAAUAUAGUCUUUGACAACACUGUCCAUAAAGCAUAAAUGUCACCUUUGUGUCGUUUGUCCAAGUAUGUAUUCUAGUGCAGCGUCUUCUUUGCCUCUUUCUGGUGCGUCAAGCGGUGAUGGGCUUACUACUGCCCCCUGAGGCCCGGAGAGCAGAACACACCCACUGUAACUACUGUUGGUGAGAAUCACAUUUUUGGUGUGUGUCCCCCCCAUUGGCCACAAGGGGCAGCAACAAGCCCAUUCCACACUAAAACAUGGAAAAGGUGAGAUUUAUGUUUUAUGCUUGUUUCAAAGACUUUCCCUUCGGGGAUCAAUAAAGUAUUUCUGAUUCUGAAAACUGUAUGUUUUGGUAUUACGAGAGAAAAGACUUCAAGGAUGAAGACUAACUGUUAAAUUCCCCAACCUACAUAAAGAGCAGAUCCCACAGACUUUACAUUGUGAUGAUGUCACAGAUUUGACAAUUUAUAAAUUGAUUUUCUCGGCUUUACAAAUAUAAAACCUCCAUGGAUCAAAAAUUAGAAAGAGUUAUAAUUGACCUUGUUUGCAGUUUGAGGUGUCCUGUCAACAGUUUUACAGACAGCUCUUUUAUAAUGGUGGUCUAUGGGGGAAAUGCUUUUUGGGCCGCAGGGGAAUGUUUCGUUGCAAUAUCGCGCGUGGCCACUGUAAAAAAUUGGAAGCAAGGCUGAGCGGAGGCGUCUUAUCCAGUUCUUUUUAUACAUCCAUGAGCAUAACACACCAGAAUCUCUGACUCAACUGUCGGCGGUCGAGUUGCAUUGUGGGUGAUGUAGGCAUCAAGUUUUGGUGAGAAAGAAGAUUGAGUGAAAUAAAAAGCCCAUCUCUUAGAUUUAGAUCUUUUAGAUCUUUAAUUUUUUACUGUCCACCAUGAGUCUGUCAGUGUUAUUGGAAUGCAAAGCUAAAUCGGUGGAUUACUCUUUUCACAAUUUGUAGCCCAGAGCAAGAGCCAAAUAUUUGGUCGGAAACAGCAAUAAUCUGUUGACAUUCCAAAAACGACGACAAUCACAAUUGAUAUCUAGCACUAAACAGACAUAUGGCUGAAUAGGGUGGGUUGAGAUUUACUAGGAGAAAUAUCUUGUACUUGAAGGUGUGCUGAGUAAUCUUCUGUCAUCGCAGGAUGGUUGCAUGUGAUGUUAACUUGUCCCAGGUUGAUACUCUAUUGCUUGUGAUAAUUAGGCUGCACAGCAUCUCCUUGUGUCACUCCUGCCCCUUAAACUGGGCUACACCAGCCUUUAUAAACACCAGUCGAAUGUGCAUGAAGAAUUUUCUUUAAAAAUUGUGUUUACGGAUGUUUUAAUGUUUUGUAUUUUUACUUAUGGAUAUAUUUGUGCUGUGGUUGCUUAAGAUGCCCCUGCCUAUCAGUUGCAACAAGAAAAGUAACACUUGGUAAAUGUUGGUGAUGGGUCACCAGUCACAACUGGAAGUGCAAAAGAAUCUCAAUUUGUUCUCAUGUAAAAUUAUUUUUGCUUUAAUGGUAAAAAUAUUUUUGAGUGUUUUUAUGGUGAUGUUAAUGCAUCAUUGUUUUCUUAGUUUUCAUACAAGUUUGUGAUGUUGAAUCAGUUUUGUAAAUACAGUAUAUUCUUAACCUUA